GCACCGAUAAGGCAGAACAGCAUGAGAUUCUGCCCCACGUAGCUGUGCUGCAGAGUACUUGAUCAGAUCUGGUAGAAGCAUUCAUUUCUAAUGUCUUGUACUGUGGGUAGCACUUCUGGUUGCACCUCCGAAAGUGUUGCACUCCAUGGCUGUGUUAAACAGUCCGUUCACAAGUGGUCAGCGUGAGCGCAGGUAACCUUGCUCACGCUCCUCAGGCUUUAGGACCCCGCGUGCGCCCCAACUCGUGCUGUUCCCGGACUUUUGUGCCAUGACGUCACUGCUGUGGACCGGCUCUCGACGUUGUUCAGAUGGUGAGACGGCAGAGCCCGGCAGCGCUGCCUUGCAGUGGCAACGGAGCUGUGAGAUUAACUUGUGCUUAUAAUCCGGAGCAGCAACAGCAGCAAGGGGCGUCCUUUGGUAGCACUAUAGUGGUGGCACUGGAAUCCCGGGAGAGAGAAGGAGUCAUGGCUUCAUCUGGCAGCGGGGUGGAGGAGGUGCGCGCCUCCGUGUUAACUCCGUUGAAACUGGUGGGCUUAGUGUGCAUCUUCUUGGCUCUGUGCCUAGAUAUCGGUGCGGUGCUGAGUCCUGCCUGGGUCACCACUGAGCAGCACCAGUAUUUUUCUCUUUGGGAGGAUUGCUCGAAACAUGCCAACCAGGACAAGUGGCACUGCAAGUCCACACUGGAAAUUGACUGGCAAAUUGCUACUCUCGCUCUACUUCUGGGUGGGGCUGGUAUUAUCCUUAUCGCUUUCCUCUUUGGUUCAAUCUCUAUCUGCGUAGGAUCUCGGAGACGAUUCUACAGACCCGUUGCUGUUAUGCUCUUUGCUGCAGUUGUUCUACAGGUAUGCAGCCUGGUGUUGUACCCAAUCAAAUUUAUUGAGUCAGUCAACCUGAAUAUAUACCACGAAUUCAACUGGGGAUAUGGACUUGCUUGGGGAGCCACCAUUUUCUCCUUUGGCGGUGCCGUACUUUACUGCUUAAAUCCUAAAAAUUAUGAAGAUUACUACUAAAUUCAGAAGAGGAGACUUGUGUAUAGUUCAUAUUCUAUAUUUUCUAAUCUGCUAUUCUACAGACUACUGAUGGAGAGUCCAGUAAUCAAAAUAUUGAAAUCAGCACCCCCAAAAGUGGCUCAACAAAACUGACCAGUGUUUCAUUUAUUUCAUUAAAAUUAAAAACUAAAUCAGUUUGUAUAACAAAUACUCUAGAGAACAUGCAAAGAUUUUUUUUUCAAAAUUGUGUAAAGCAUAUAAGAAAAAAAUGUAUUUGGCAGGAUGAAUAUAUUGCUUGGCACCUUUGCCUGAAAGAUCAAUAAUGUUGGCUUAGGCAUUAUAUUCUUAAACUGAAUUAACAACACUGUUACAAAGGAACUAUAUUUGCCAGUAUCAGCUGCAGAAGACAUAUGGAAAAAGAUGGCUGUUGACCAUAGGCUGUUAUUUUAUAGGAAUGGUAAACAAUAUAGAAAACACUGGAUUUUCAUGGCCUAGCAGUAUGUUUUGUUAUACACACUGGAUAUCUACAGUCAUUGUUGGCAGAAUUGAAGAGAACCAGAAUCUUUAAAGACAUACACUUCUGCCGCUGGGUCAGAAAUGUGAACCAGCAUGCGUGUUAUACACUAUGAUAAGAAAGUUUUACAAGACUGCAAGCUGUAUCUGAACAGCUACAAGCUACUGCUAUGUACUUCCAUCACUGUGGAGAUUCUGGACUGCAUACAUUUCUGAUACUGCAGAAGACUGCAACAUUAGCUCUCAGUUUGAUAGGCAGUGUUAUGUUAGAAAAGGCACAGAGUAAACAGAUGGUUUAAUAGCUAAAUGAAGAAGACAGAAGAGUCUAUGUGCCCAUGUUACAGGAUCAGUUAAAAUCUUGAUGCAUAGUUUAAUAUGUUGAACUGUCAUCCAUAUUAGUUUUGUGUUUGGAGUUCUAGGUUUUAUUUCUUUGGCCCGUAAAGUACUUUAUAUGUUCUAGUGGUGAUUUUAACCAUUGUGAAAAUUGGACUAACACACACACAGUACAGAAAUGAAAUGAUUGUGUUAGUGUCACUAUAUGAUGUACCUAUUUCAGUGUUCUUAUAAAAGCAGUGACUUACACAUAGACAUAAAUCAAUGGAUUUUGUAGCUAAGGAAGUAACAGUUAAAAGAAGUAGACACUUUUAGCAGUGUGGUUUGUAAACAUUUUUAGUAAUCAGAUCUAAACACUAGAAUUUGGACAUGGCACCAAAUUGGUAAAAAGCAUGUUGAAAGUAAUAUCGUUUGCUACUGUAACACUGAGUCAUUUAUCAUCCUAUCUCUAAAGACAGAGCUGCAUUUUUUCCUUCAAUGUUCAGGUAUGUGAACAAGCAUUGUUUCUCAUCACAUGACUAUCUGUAAUCAAAAUCAUGCAUCAAAACAAGCUUCACCAUAUUACUUGAGCAGUAUAAUAGCCUUAAGGACAACUAUCAAAUAACAAUGACAAUGUCUACAUUUGUUUAGUAUCAUGUCUGAUAAAACAUGUUUCCCUGUAGAGUGUUAUGAAUGCUACAUUGACUUACUGUAUGUAUAUGAACAAUUCUAACUGAAGCAUUUUUUUAUCACAAGUUUCUGGUUAUAUUUUUUUUCACAAAUCUAUGAUGUCUUUGCCGCAUGAAAUGCAGAAUAAUCAGAGGCGGAGUGCUCGUAUCUUGCUUAUUGAAUUUGUUGUUGCAUUCUUUGAGUUCAGGAAGUAGAACAUUCUAGAUAUGGAAGGAAAGACUGGCCAAGGAUCAUUAAAGGCACAAGGAUAACAGGUUUAAGGAAAUUAAGAAAAUGCCUGUAUAUAACAUUCACUAUCAUGGAGUCUGAUAUAUUCUGCAAGGUUUACUGUUUAACCUUUUUCAACAAAAGGUGAAAAAAGUAACUGCGCAGUACAGUCUCCAAUAUCCAAGGUCAGGUAGCACUAGCAGCAUUCUGUCAUUUGUCAUGCCAUUGUUCUUUCUUGUGGCUGGAGGACCUUAUGCCAGUAUCCGGAAGUGGAUGUCCUGAUGUUUCCUAGUCCAGUGAGUAGUACCUAUAACAUGACCCCUGCAUUGUUUCUUUUGCAAAGUCCCUACAAAAACCUUUCUUUUAAUAACUGCAGUAUGUGACAUUUAAGACAUAAAUUAGAAAAUGCUAUGUGUUUAAAUAUAAAUGAUAUAUUAUGGAUUAGCAUGUAAUAGAAUAUUAUCAAAUGAUUAAUUCAUGUACCAUUAAGUGAAGUUACAGCACAAGGCUAGCAAGGUAAUUUAUUCAGACUGUAUUUUUGUACAAAAUGUGCACACUAAUAUUUACCUAUAUCCCUACUAAGCCUAAUACUGUGCCUAGAGAUUUUAUCUGUAUUCAAAAACAAAUACAUUUACAGAUCUUU